CAGGGGGAGGGGCGCGGAGGCGGCUGCCCCUAGAUCCACACAGCGUUCCGGAUCGCGCCCCGCACUUGGCGCCUGCCCGCGCGCAGAUCCUGGCUGUGCACUUGGCGGGACACGUGGCCAUCAAGAAUCAUGAGCAACCCAUUUGUACACCUUGUCGAGCCUUUUGAUCCUGCACAACCAGGAAAGAAAUUCUUCAAUUUGAAUAAACUGAAGGAUUCAAGAUAUGAACGCUUACCAUUUUCAAUCAGAGUUCUCCUGGAGGCAGCCAUUCGGAACUGUGAUCAAUUUUUGGUGAAGAAAAUUGACAUUGAAAAUAUCCUAAAUUGGAAUGUCAUGCAGCAUAAGAACAUAGAAGUGCCAUUUAAGCCUGCCCGCGUCAUCCUGCAGGACUUUACGGGUGUGCCAGCUGUGGUGGACUUCGCGGCAAUGCGGGAUGCUGUGAAAAAGUUAGGGGGGGAUCCAGAGAAAAUAAACCCUGUUUGUCCUGCUGAUCUUGUAAUUGAUCAUUCCAUCCAGGUUGAUUUCAACAGAAGGGCAGACAGUUUACAGAAGAAUCAAGACCUGGAAUUUGAAAGAAACAGAGAACGGUUUGAAUUUUUAAAGUGGGGUUCUCAGGCUUUUCGCAACAUGCGGAUUAUCCCCCCUGGCUCAGGAAUCAUCCACCAGGUGAAUCUGGAGUAUUUGGCAAGAGUGGUAUUUGAUCAUGAUGGCUAUUAUUACCCAGACAGCCUUGUGGGCACGGAUUCGCACACUACCAUGAUUGAUGGUUUGGGAGUGCUCGGCUGGGGAGUGGGUGGCAUCGAAGCAGAGGCAGUCAUGCUGGGUCAGCCGAUCAGCAUGGUGCUUCCCCAGGUGAUCGGCUACAGGCUGAUGGGAAACCCCCACCCUCUGGUGACAUCCACGGACAUUGUGCUCACCAUUACUAAGCACCUGCGCCAGGUUGGGGUAGUGGGCAAAUUUGUCGAGUUCUUCGGGCCAGGAGUAGCCCAACUGUCCAUUGCCGACCGAGCUACGAUUGCGAACAUGUGUCCGGAGUACGGAGCAACUGCUGCAUUUUUCCCGGUUGACGAAGUUAGCAUCAAGUACCUGGUGCAGACAGGUCGGGAUGAAGAAAAAGUAAAGCAAAUGAAAAAGUAUCUUCAAGCUGUAGGAAUGUUCCGGGAUUUCAGUGACCCCUCUCAGGACCCUGACUUUUCUCAGGUUGUGGAACUGAAUUUGAGAACAGUCGUGCCUUGCUGCAGUGGACCAAAAAGGCCUCAGGACAAAGUCGCUGUGACCGACAUGAAAAAGGACUUUGAGAGCUGCCUUGGAGCCAAGCAAGGGUUUAAAGGAUUCCAGGUUGCUCUGGACCAUCACAAUGACCAUAAGACGUUUAUCUAUAAUAAUAGUGAGUUCACCCUCACUCAUGGUUCUGUGGUCAUUGCAGCCAUUACCAGCUGCACAAACACCAGUAACCCAUCGGUGAUGUUGGGGGCAGGCUUGUUAGCAAAGAAAGCUGUGAACGCUGGCCUGCACGUGAAGCCUUACAUCAAAACUAGCCUGUCCCCCGGAAGCGGUGUGGUCACCUACUACCUGCGAGAGAGUGGCGUCAUGCCUUAUCUGUCACAGCUCGGGUUUGAUGUGGUGGGCUACGGGUGCAUGACCUGCAUUGGCAACAGUGGGCCCUUACCCGAGCCUGUGGUAGAAGCCAUCAUGGAGGGAGACCUUGUGGCUGUUGGAGUCCUCUCUGGGAACAGGAAUUUCGAAGGUCGAGUCCACCCCAAUACCCGGGCCAACUACUUAGCCUCUCCGCCCUUGGUGAUAGCUUAUGCAAUUGCUGGGACCAUCAGGAUCAACUUUGAGAAAGAACCACUGGGGGUAAAUGCAAAGGGACAACAGAUAUUUCUGAAAGACAUCUGGCCCACCAGAGACGAGAUCCAGGCGGUGGAGCGCCAGUACGUAAUCCCUGGGAUGUUUAAGGAGGUCUACCAGAAAAUAGAGACUGUGAAUGAGAGCUGGAACGCCCUGGCGGCCCCCUCGGCUAAGUUGUAUAGCUGGGAUCCCAAGUCGACAUACAUUAAGUCACCACCGUUCUUUGAAAACCUGACUUUAGAUAUCCAGCCGCCUAAGUCUAUAGUGGAUGCGUACGUGCUGUUAAAUUUGGGGGAUUCGGUAACAACUGACCACAUCUCUCCGGCUGGAAACAUUUCAAGGAACAGCCCUGCUGCUCGCUACUUAACUAACAGAGGCUUGACUCCUCGAGAAUUCAACUCCUACGGCUCCCGCCGAGGUAACGACGCAGUCAUGGCACGGGGGACCUUUGCCAACAUCCGCUUACUGAACAAAUUUUUGAACAAGCAGGCACCACAGACUAUACAUCUGCCUUCUGGAGAAAUUCUUGACGUGUUCGAUGCCGCAGAGCAGUACCGGCAGGAAGGUCUGCCCCUCAUCGUGCUGGCUGGCAAAGAGUACGGCUCAGGCAGCUCCCGGGACUGGGCAGCCAAGGGCCCUUUCCUCCUGGGAAUCAAAGCCAUCCUGGCAGAGAGUUACGAGCGCAUCCACCGCAGUAACUUGGUGGGAAUGGGGGUGAUUCCCCUCGAAUAUCUCCCUGGGGAGACUGCAGCCACCCUGGGACUCACCGGGCAAGAACGAUACACGAUCAUCAUUCCAGAAAACCUCAAACCCCGAAUGAAAGUGCAGGUCAAGCUGGACACUGGAAAGACCUUCCAGGCCAUCAUGAGGUUCGAUACCGACGUGGAGCUCGCUUACUUCCACAACGGGGGCAUCCUCAACUACAUGAUCCGCAAGAUGGCCAAGUAGGUCACCUGCACUUGGAGCUGCACCAGGAGGGAGCGAAGCGCCACGGGCCAGCUGGGCCCUUGGUGCAGAGCACCCGCCUCCCCACACGGGUGCUGCCUUGCACGUGAGCACGGACGUGUUCUGGUGCCUUCCCUCCAGGCACAAAACGAGCAGUUUCUACAUUCUCUAUUUUUGUGAAUCUUUUGGCUCUUUUUCUAGAAUUUGGAAGCUAGAGAGGUGGCGCUGUCAGUAGUGCCAGAAAGGGAGAAGUGAGCUUCUCCUUAAAGUAACUUCUCACAGGAUGUUGAUUUUUUUCACUCUCAACCUGUUAAUGUUCAGCUGGACACACAGUAAGUCUUCUCAGAUGGCGUCGACUGUCCUCUUUCCUGUUGGGUUCUGUUCUCCUCGGUGAAACCUUUCCCUAUGCAUAGUUUGCCAGCAUUGCCCGACCUGGGUAGACUUUCUCACACUUGGGAUCCCAGUGGUGACUGCGACUCCCCCGCACCCUUCUUCCUUCAGAGCGCAUGAUCCAGACCCCUCAGAUCAGACACUGACAUUUUUUGAUUAUGUACCUUUGGAUGAAUCAACACUAAAGAAAUUGUGAUUUUUUUUUUCUUCUACUCUCUUCAAAAAUUUUCCCCAGAAAAUUUCUCAGUUGUCAAGAAGAGGACUUUGGAGGUGGCUUUGGAGAGAGACUUAGAACAUUUGUAAUUUGAAUAAGAUUAAAUCUAUUUUCAAGGAAA